AUGCGUUCUCUCAUGGUCCUUUGGCAUCCCCCUGACGCCCCUAUGGUGAAGCUUAACACUGAUGAAGCCUUCUCUACAUCGACAAUGGAGGCGAGAGAGGGAGGAUUGGUUCGUGGUUGUAAUGGAGGUCUUUUGCGGGCCUUUUGUUCUCCGGUUGCUGCAUCUUCGAGCUUUGAGGCAGAGCUUAUGGCUCUUAUUCGAGGUUUUGAGAUGGCUAUGGAGUUUUCUACACGUAUUUGGAUAGAGCUGGACUCAGCGGCUCUGGUUACCUUACUGUCAUCUGGACAGCUUGGUUCUGCGGAUCUUAGACUUCAUAUGGCUUUGAUUCGGAGUAUGACUUCUCAGCGGCAGGUUCGAUUCUCACACAUCUACAGAGAAGGAAACCGUGCUGCAGAUUUUCUUGCGGGUAGGGGAUCCAGACCCCUGCCAUGA